AUGGUUACCAUCACAACACCAAUAUACUACCUCUUCCAUCCUCAAGAGCUGAGGUCAAUUAUUCAAUGGAAAGUUUGGCAUAACCCAGUUCACGAAAGGGACGAGAAGCUAGAAACAGAAACAGAAAAGAUAUGCUUCCAUUUCUUGAAGCUUACUAGUAGAAGCUUUAGUGCGGUCAUCCUCGAGCUGCAUCCUGAACUUCUCCUCCCAGUCUGUCUGUUUUAUUUGAUCCUUCGCGGUCUCGAUACCAUCGAAGAUGACACCUCAAUACCUUUGAAAACAAAAGAGCCAUUGCUCCGAAACUUCCAUAAUUUCCUAGACGAGGAUGGCUGGUCAUUCAAUGGCAAUCGCCCAGAGGAGAAAGAUCGUGAACUACUGGUUCAGUUUCAUAACGGACUCACCAGACUUUUUGUUGAGGCUGGAUUCGCCAACCCAGCGCUUUUGAAUCGCCCGGAGCUCUAUAUCUCAAUGGGUUUGUUUCUUCAAAAGACAAACAUUAUUCGGGAUGUCAAAGAGGAUCACGUUGACAAGCGCUGCUUCUGGCCAAAGGAAAUCUGGUCAAAACAUGUCGAUCAGUUUGAAGACCUAUUCAAACCUGAAAACAGAACCGUUGCCUUGAACUGCAACGCAGAGAUGAUCCUUAAUGCUCUUGAUCACGCUGACGAGUGCCUUUUUUAUCUUGCCGGGCUUAAAGAGCAGAGUAUUUUCAAUUUCUGUGCAAUUCCCCAGUCUAUGGCCAUUGCAACCCUCGAACUAUGUUUCCGGAAUGAGGCCAUAUUUGAGCGUAAUGUUAAGAUCACUAAGGGCAUCGCCUGUCAGCUCAUGGUCCAAUCGACACAGAAUGUGCGGGUAUUCUGCGAUGUAUUUAAGCUAUACAUUCGCAAAAUCCACAAGAAAAAUACACCCAAGGACCCUAAUUUCCUGAAAAUCAGUGUCGUCUGUGGCAAGGUCGAAAAGUUCAUUGAAUCCAUUUUUCCCUCCCAAACAGCGGAGCAGGCUCAUUUUCGGGCAAAGCAACAGAAAACUUCGGAGGAAACUGAACAAGCUCGACUGGAUGCGGAAGCUCGACAGGAUACAAUGUAUAUAAUGUUUGCCCUAUUUGGGAUCCUGUCCGUCCUUACAGCUGUCAUGGUAUGCUCAAAAACAAAGUUCACCGUUAACAUUGGCACAGUUUGGCUGAAGGGUCUCCAGAUAUUUGCGGCUUGGCUUUUUGGAGCUCGUUUCGACCUCGCUUUUAAGCAACUUAAGCAAGGAAAUUUCCGUCCUCCGCCACGUUUCUUAGAGCACCAGGAGCUGUAG